UUGAAAAAAAAAUUUUUUUCUACUUAAGACUAAAAAAAUGAACAGAUUUUCAAAUUUUGUCUGCGUUUAUGAUUUUUGUUGUAAGUGAUAAAAUGCCAGCCACGACAGAGAAUGUCGUUGACAGAGGACUGAACCUGCCGUAACUUAACAUAGUCAUCAAUACAUAAGCAGCCUGGAUUGCAUGACUCUGUCUCUUUUGUUGAUACACACCCGAAAGAGAAAGCAGAGCUGUUCUUGUGAGCUUGGCGGAGUCUCAUUUUUUGUCUGAUUGAAUAUUUUCCAACAGUUGGUGACUUGAGAGAACACUUCCUGGUAGGAUACACUUUUCCUUGAAAGUGUAUAACAGUGCGAGUUUUUCCCGAGCGCAUCUUUGCUGCUCAGCAAUGACACACGACUUGAAAAUCCAUGCUGGUGAAGCGCAGCAUUUGCAAGAAAACUGUUCAGAGGCAUUUUCUGACCCUUCCCAACUGAAGACUCAGAAAGGGGACUACACUGAGGAAAAACCACAUUCAUGCGAACACUGUUCAAAAGCAUUUUCUCGUGCUUCAAACUUAAAACAACACAUGAAGAUCCAUACUGGUGAGAAACCAUAUACGUGUGAGUAUUGCAAGAAAACAUUUUCUCAUGGUGGACACCUCAAAACACACAUGAGAACCCAUACCGGUGAGAAAACAUACUCGUGUGGUCGCUGUGUUAAGGCAUUUUCAAGCAUUUCAGAGUUAAAGAUUCAUAUGAGGAUCCAUACUGGUGAAAAACCCUACUCGUGUGAGCAUUGUUCGAAAUCGUUUACUCGAUCUGCAGACUUAAAACGACACAUAAGAGUCCAUACUGGUGAAAAACCUUAUUUGUGCAAUUACUGUUCAAAAACAUUUACCGACUCUACGAAUUUAAGACAACAUAUUAGAUGCCAUACUGGCGAAAAACCCUUUUCGUGCGAUACAUGUUCGAUGGCUUUUUCUCAAGUUUCCUCCUUGAAGAAACACACGAGAGUCCAUACUGGCGAAAAACCCUACUCGUGUGAGUGCUGUUCGAAAGCAUUCACCAACUCCUCAAAUUUUAAAAAACACAUGAGAAUCCAUACCGGUGAAAAACCCUACUCGUGUGAGUAUUGUUCAAGAGCAUUCACUCAAUCUGUAAGUUUAAGAGAACAUAUGAGAGUGCAUACUGGCGAAAAACCCUAUUCGUGCGAAUAUUGCUCAAAGACAUUUGCUCAACACAGAGCUUUAAAACAGCAUACGAGGGUGCAUACUGGCGAAAAACCAUAUGCGUGUGAAUAUUGUUCAAAAGCUUUUUCUCAACAUACUGUUCUGACACAACACAUGAGAAUUCAUACAGGCGAGAAACCCUAUUCUUGUGAGUACUGUUUGAAGACAUUUGCUAACUCUGCCAAUUUUAACAAACACAUGAGAAUCCAUUCAGACAGAAAAGCGUAUUCGUGUGAACACUGUUCAAAAGCAUUUAUUGACUCUGCAAAUUUGAAACAACACAUGAGGAUCCAUACUGGCGAGAAACCCUAUUUGUGCAAAUAUUGUUCAACAGCAUUUACUAAAUCAGCUAAUUUGAAACGACAUAUUCGAGUCCAUACUGGGGAGAAACCCUAUGUGUGUGAAUAUUGUUCAACAGCAUUUACUGAAUCUGAUACUUGGAAGCAUCAUAUGAGAGUCCAUAUAGGAGUCCCUGGUGGGAAACCCUUCGUAAAGAUUGCUCCAAAGCCUUUACACUAACUUUUUUAAAACUAACUCUGCAACUUAAAAAAAAAAAAAACAUAUGAAAAUCUAUACUGGCUCAAAAACCCAUUGUACUGUCCAACCACGGAUUGUAUGGAAUUUUCAAACAUCCAGAUAAGACGAAUCUAUCUGAAUGAGGGGGAAAAGUAAAAAUUUGAUGUCGGUAUUCUGCUCAUUUGAAUGAGACUCUGCUUCUGCAAAAGCUGGCAUCGCUAAAAAAUAAUGGAUUUGUCCAUUUCCGGCUGUAAAACGGAUGUUUGUCUUUCCAUACAAUUCGUGGUCAGAGAGUAUGUGCAUGUUGUUCGGAAGCAUUUAGUACCGCAACGCAUCUAAAACAACACAUGAUCAAAUCAUAUGUUUGUGUGCCUUCUGAUUGAAAAUAUUUUUUCAUGCUGGAAAAUUUCAUACUUUUAUAGUGCA